AUGACUUUUCAUAAAAGACAUCAAAGGCUCACUAAAGCUUCGGAGUAUAAUGCUAGUACGGAGCAAGGGAAGCCUUCUCUGAAAGGAGGGCUAUGCAUAGAGGUACUAGAGCAUGCGUGUAAACUAGGUAGGUUGCCUAGAGAUGAGUUACCUUCUCUUCCAGCUACUCCUGAUGAAUUGAGGAUGAGGCUGCUCUAUCUUGAAAACAGAGUUGCACUGGCUCGAAUCCUAUUUCCAGUGGAAGCUCAAGUGGUAAUGGAUAUCGUCAAACUGGAGGGAACAUGCGAGUUUACUGCUUCUAGUCUCGACCCUGACCAACACAGUGGUGCGAAGAGGACAUCACUGGACUUAAACAUAGCACCUUUCGUAAUCCGAGAGGAGCAUUUGUGUAGACUAAUAGCGCUUACUAACACCGUGAAGCUAGGGAAACGAUACUUUCCACGCUGUUCGCUCGAUCACUUUAUGGACUCUGAGGACUUGAAUCAUCUGGCUUGUGUAGAAGAGGACACUCCUGAGAAACGGCUACAGAAGAAGCAAAGGUACAUGGAACUACAAGAGACUGUGAUGAAGACCUUUAGUGAGGAGAAGGAUGACUCUGGAAAGUCUUCCAAAACAAGAUCAGUGAGGUCCAAUGGUAAGCUCUCCCACCGGCGCCUAAGGGUGGACAAAAGAGAUUUAGAGAAAAGGCUUUGCAGGAACAGGAAGGGGGAUUCAAGAAUAGAAAAGCAUGUCACAUUUCAAGCCCGCAACUAAAAUUAUGGUAAGUUUUGUACACCCCUGCGUCUUUUUUAAGACUCUUCGGGUAAGUUUUGUUGUAUAUAUGUUUUCAUAUAUGUAUUAUUGUCUGUCUUUCUCAUCUGCGUCAAUAUGAGGUUUGACCUUCACUUUGCAUCCUGUGUAUUAGUGUAUACUUUGUGCAAGCGUAUUUUGAACAAAUGUUAGUCGUUUGUUAACCAGUGAUGUGAUUAUAUGUAUAUUUUCUAUGUUGUUUACGCU